AAUAAUUCAUCUACGACUUACCAGGCUGCAUGGUCUAUGACCUUUGCCUUUCCUGAAGGGAAUAAAAAAUAAAACUGAUUAUUUUUGACAUUGGCAAGGAAUGUCAAAAUAAUUUUGGAUUGGAAAAAAGCGGAGCCGCCGAGCUUUUGCUGAUACUAAAAACGAAAUUAAAAAUGUUUUAAAUGAACAUUGUGAUUCGCAAAUAUGGAAGGCAUAUGCCAAACUUGCCUCGUAAAUGGUGUCCCUAUAAAACCCAUGUCCGUUGAAGAAAUGGAGUGUUAUAGAACAUUUGUUUUAAUGGUUUUAAAGAUAGAAGAUCCACUAGAUAUGAUAUACGUCUGUGUGUACUGUGAAGGUGUUUUAAAAAAGAUUAAUAAAUUUAUCAGGCAAUGUCGGCUUGCAGAUCAAGUUCUUAAAAACUUUUGCAAGAGUAACUUAGAGACACUCAAGAAAAUUAACUCUAGUCAUUUAUCAACAUCCAAAAUUAUUUGUCAUUAUAUUGGACCAGAAAUUGUAAAAUCUAAAAGUGAUGACAAGAUAUCUGAUGAUGAUGAUGAUAUUCCGUUGGCAAUGCUCAGUCAGAAUAGUGAUGAUCACGAGUACAAUUGUGACAAUCAUGAAGACUUGAUAAAUGACAAUGUAGAUACAAGCAUAGACAAUACAGAACAGGAAAAAAACACACAGACGGAUAUAAAGAGCAAACACAAGAAAUUUAGAAAGAAAAAGAAAGAAGCAAGACAAGGGUUCUCUUCUAGAAUGGUUGUGGAAACUGAUGAAUAUAAAGUCAUUAAACUGACUAAGGAAGAGAUUAUAGAAGAAAUGAGACAGCAUGCAGAAAAUGAAAAGUACAAGGUAUUACCCUAUAAAUGUGACAAAUGUGUCCGAGGAUUCAAUUUCGAGGAUGUACUACAGAGUCAUUUGGAGAAACAUUCACUAAAAAAUGGCCCUUUUCAAUGCGAAAUAUGCACACAGUAUUGUCCCAGCAGAGUUUCUUUAAGAGGCCAUAUGAAGUCACAUUCUACUAGAUAUAAGUGCAAGCUAUGCGGUAUAGUCCGCCUGUCGCGUCAACACAUUCUGGAGCACUACUCGCUCCAGCACAUGGCUUCGCCCGCUUUGUACACCUGCCCCAAAUGUGACCACACUACCAACAAAAGAACAGCAAUGCAAAGGCAUGUGAGACUUCACUCUGCGAGUAAACCACUCAAAUGUCACUAUUGCGGGAAAUACUACAAAACCAAGGAGUCACUCCGGAUACAUAUUAUAAGACAUGACGACAAAAAGCUGCAUCAAUGUGAAAUAUGCACCAGUACUUUUGUAUAUGCGGGACAACUGACCAAGCAUAUGAAGUCUGUGCAUGUCUUAAAGGACUAUUACUGUGUGGAAUGCGACAUCAUGUUCAAAUCAAAGGAUAACCUCAAACAACACUUGCAACGAGCGAAACGUCAUAGAGACGAUUCUUCAUACAAAUUCCCCUGCACCCAAUGCCCACAAAAGUUCAUAUCCGCGUCGACGCUCGCGACGCACGACACUCACGCGCACGGUGCCGCUAAGAGUGUACCGUGCUCACUCUGCCCGCGCGUGUACAGCAGCGCUGACGGGCUGCGCUGGCACACGCGCAGGGCGCACACUGCCCUCGACAAGUCCAAGUUACCAUGCCCACUGUGCGAUAGGACGUUUUCGCGUAAGUACGUGCUCCGUGUUCACAUGCGCACGCACACAGGCGAACGUCCGCACGUGUGUGAGUGUGGAGCCGCGUUCGCCCAGCCGGCGGCUUUGCGCGCGCAUCGCGCACAGCACCACAAGAAACCAACUGUCAUUGCAGAAAAUGAGACAUGAAAUAGAAUAGGAUAAUAAUAUAAUAUUUAUAUUAGGGAUCAGGAUUGUAUCCCUCUCAGGGAUAAAAUCCGGAACGAGGAAAUUCCCAGAAGAACAAAAGCGACCGACAUA